UAGGGAAUUCAUAGCCUCUUAGGUUUCAAUUUUAAGACCCUGACAGCCUUUAUAUUAUUUUGUUAGAUGAACUCAAGCCAUUGAAACAGAUCACCACACCAUCUCAGCUUCACCCUUGUUGAGAUUGCGCUGUUUGGAUUGGUGACAUGGGCAAUGAGAUGGGCAACCAGAAUGUAUCUAGAAUGCAAGAACAAGAUAGCACCAAGCUUGAAGCUUCAAAAGAAUCUGUGGAAGUAUCAGUAGCUUCAAUUAAUGCAAACUGUGUAGAAGAUGCAAACCAACAAGUUUUUACUCCUAAAGAGGACUUCCAUGAAUAUAACACAGGCUUUGCUUCUGGGGACUCAUCCAGAACAGGUGAUCCUAAACAAACAAUCAAUGGAGGAGAGCAAGACAAAACUGAAGCUCAAGCUCCUGAGGGAUCUUUAAUAGUUCCAAUAGGUUCAAAUAAUCACAAUGGCAUGGGUGAUGGAAUGCAGUUAGUUUCAUCCAUCGAUGAUGAAAAAUUUCAUCAGCAAACAGGUUCACCUUCUAAGGAGAAUUUUCCCACGACAAUGGACAACCAAAUUCAGAUACAGGCAUCAAGUGCAACAGAAGGAGAAGAGACAAGGACUGUGUCUCUGGAUACAAAAUCUAUGAUCUGUCCCCCCAGAACUAUGGAGUUGGAGACCAUAAAGUCUGAAAAACAUGAAUCCUCCAUACCUCACACUGAAUUAUCAGUUUCAUCAUCUGAAGAUCAGAAGACUAAUGAGCACACAAGUUCUUCAGAGGACAACUCAAGAAGAACAAAUGAGAGCCAGACUCAGAGUCAGGCAUCAAUUGGAGGAGAAGGAGAAGAGACAGGGAGUCCAUCACUGGAUUCAACAUCCAUGGUCCCUAACCCCCAAUCUGUGGAAUCAGAAACCUUUACCAAUCAACAUAAGUCCACAAUAUUUCAUGCUGAAUCAUCAGUUCCAUCAUUAGAAACUGGGAAUUCUAAUGAGCAUACAGGUUCAGCUUCUGAAGACAACUCAACCAGCACAAAUGACAACCAGGUUAAGAAACAGGCAUCAAUUGGGGGAGAGUGGGAAGAGGCAAGGACUUCAUCUCUUGAUACAAAAUCCAGAGUCCACAACCCUGAUUCUAUGGUAGUAGAAAAUCUGAAGUCUCAUCAUCAGGAGUCCACUGAAGUUCACACCGAAGUAUUUGUGGAAGCCAGCAGCAAAUCAGUGGGAAGCAGCGGGGACGUUCUCAUAUCAAGCAGACCUCAAGAUUCUGAAGAGAAAGGACAAAGGCUAGUGGAUGAUAUUACGCACAUUCUAGGUGAGAGUUAUAUAUCCCAUUCCUACACAGAAGUAGAAAUUAUGGGGGAAGAUGUGCCAAUGGAAAACAUGGAAUCUCAAGACAAGAAGGUGGGAGUCAUUAGCAAUAUCAAUGAGAUGAAAUCCGAUAUCAUAAAUGGAAUUGAAGUCGGGAGACCUAUAAAUGGAAUUGAAUUUGAGAACAGAGUGAAUGAAGAACAAGAAUCGACCUUGUUGAAUGCUCUUGGGAGUCAUGUAGUUCUGAGCAACAACAGAAUUAUGAAAGAGAAUGGAUCAGAAAGUGAACAGAAAAGGUACGAUUCUAACACAACUUUUCUUUCUGAUGGAUUGGUGGAAGAAUCAAAUGCAAAUGAGAUCAAUAUUUGUCAAAGUGAGUUUGUGGCAGUUGGCUCUGAUCAUGAAGAAGAGAGAAAGGGAAGUGAACUAUGUGAUUCAUACAAACCCAUUAUCCAGAGUGGUCUCCAAAUUGAUGAUGAAAAUGUUCCUCUGUAUAUGUUCAAACUCAACAUGCAGGAUAGCAACCAGAGCUUGGUUUCAGAGAUAUCCUGUAAAGAGCAUGAAGGAGAAACCAAGAUGGUUGUUAUGGACAUAAUUCCAACAGAAUCAAUUCUCACUGACAGCAACCAUGAAGAAGGGAAACUCCCAACAUUUUCCUCGUCUUCGAUGGAUCCAACAAAGAAUAAAUUUAUCAUAGGAGCAAUGGAGAAAACAGAAGACCCAGAUUUAAUAGGAAAGUAUCAAGAAGAAUGGGGAACCCAGUUGCACCCAAUUGAACCAGUGGAAAAUUUUCUCCGACCAAACCCUGUUUCUCUAGACAAGUCUCAAGUUCCCAAACAGGACACACUAAUAGGAACUGACAGAGUAGGUUCUAGAAAUGGGUCAACCAUAGUAUCAGAUCAAAACAGUUGUGAUCAGGUUGAUGUUAGAAAAACUUCUAACUUUGAUUCAACAAACUCAACUGUAGAAACUAUGGUAGCAGUGGAGAAUGAGAAGUCUGGGCAAGACCUCUCACAGCAUCUGGGCCUAGACCAGUCAUACUAUCAGGAAUUCAGUACAGUGGCACUUGUGCCAUCUGGUAUGUCUACUGAUGGCUCUCAGGGACAAGAAUCAACAUGUGAUCUAACCAACAAUGAAAUGAACCAAGACAACAUCAAAGGUAAGGUUGAUCUUGGACACAAGUCCAGCCUUGAACUAUACACUCCAAGGAAAGAAAGUGAAGCCCAAGAAAGUCGGUCAGAGAAAAAGUUUUUUGAAAAAGGUCUAGUUUCUUCAUUUGAAAAUUGUGUUUUUGACACUAAAGAAACUAGUUCAAUUGCAGAAGUUGAGCUCCAUGCUGAGAUUAGCAAACUGCCUAACCUCGAUUUUGAAUUCCCACCUGAAGCAACCCCAAUACCGUCUCCAGAAAAGACUGCAAAAGUUGAAGAGUUCAAAGUCCUGGAAAUCCAGUUAGAAGACAUCAAUUUCCAUGUUGAGGUUAGUAAACCUACAAGCUUUGAUUUUGAACUCCCAAUUGAAGAAAGGAUAGAAGAAUCCGGUCAAAGCCCAAUACUAUGUCAAGAAAGUGCUGCAAAAGGUGAAGUGUUUCAACUUAAAAACUGUGGUUUUGAUACCUUAACAAACAGAAUUGAUGUUAAUAUUGAGAACCCAGAUGCAGGAACUGAACUUUAUGAAGAGAUGUCAGCAGAAAAGCAUGUCAUUACAUUGGGAAGAACCAGUUCAGAGAAGUUGACUCCUCUUCUAGACUUCUUGAAAGAGGGAGAGAAGAAUGAGAACGAAUCAGGAAAGAAAAAUAAGGGUCCUAUGGCAAAUAAGUCAGCUACAUCAUCCAGAGUGAGAGAGAAGAGCAAACCUAAGUAUUCUCUCUUCUGCAACUGCAUGGGUUGUACAGAGGUGAUUCAAUAACCUUUCUGGUUUCAUAUUUAAAAAAUUUUAAUUCCUUUUCCAAGUGGUUUUAUAUCUGGGUGUCAAGGGUGUCUUGAUAAAGAGAGAAUGGUGGAUUUGUAGAUUAGACAGAAAAAAAGGGAGAAAAUUAUCUCUGUGGGUGUGAUCAGCCAUUAUUUCUGUAAUUUGUUGUAUUUAUUCAUUGUUGGCUUGAGAUAAGUCUAGUGGAAAGGAAUAUGGAGAGUGUGUUAUAA